AUGCCCUAUCCGAAUGGCAUACCCGGCGUCCCCGACCCAACCCCGCAGCAGCUUCAAGCACAACAAUUCCAAGCACAACAACUUCAGGAUCCUUCAGCCAUCAAGUUAACUCGAGGCACCAGCUGCGUACUAUGCCAGCAGCGAAAGGUCCGAUGCGACAAGAACAAGCCAUGUGCCAACUGUGUCAAAGCAAAGGUAGAAUGCCGUGUUAUCCCCCCUCAGCCACCUCGUCGGCGCAAGAAGCGGCUCCAGGAGAAGGACUUGAUUGAUCGCCUUAAGAAAUAUGAAACCCUUCUGGCUGAGCAUGGAGUCAAAGUCGAUGCCAUCGGCCAUGAGCUGAGACCUGAUGGCCCCCCAGGCGAGGACGUCGAUGAGCUUGAGAACGAUUUCGAAGGUCUUAAGACAACCCCUGAAGCGAGCUCAUCCCCUGCACCAUCCAAUGCAGAACAACGGACUGGUGGUGGGGCAUGGUUUUCUUAUCACAAAGAAUUUAGAGCAAGUGAACAUAUGCUCCAGGAUUCAUCUGACGAAGAACCUGAAGUGGGUUCCACCAUUCAUCGCGCAUUUGAUCGUAUGUUUGCUACGGAUGGCUUCCCCUUCAUUAUCGGGGCUACCCCUGGUCCUCUUGCCAACCUCCAUCCCUCCACGAUACACAUCUUUCAGCUAUGGCAAAUAUACAUUGACAACAUAAACCCGCUACUCAAAAUUACGCAUGUCCCUACCGUCCAAGGACAGAUCAUCGAGGCAAGCUCUGAUAUUGAAAAUGCGCCAAAGAACAUUGAGGCUCUUAUGUUCGCCAUGUAUCUGAUGGCAAUCACGUCACUUGAGGAUGCCGAUGUCUACAGAAGGUUCCACGAGCCCAAAAAGGAGCUCUUGGCGAGAUAUCAUGCUGGUACUCAACAAGCGCUCACACAAGCUGGGUUCAUGCGAGUCAACGACCCUAUUCUCCUACAGGCCUACAUCCUGUACCUAUUUGCUGUUCGGUGGUUCGUUGAUCCUCGACAAGUAUUCUGUCUCAUCGGAUUGGCUGUUCGUAUUGCCCAACGAAUGGGCCUUCACCGCGAUCCAGCACAAUUCGGUUUACCACCCUUCGAAGUCGAGCAGCGUCGCCGGCUGUGGUGGACACUUGUGGGAUAUGAUCGGCGAUUGGGAGAGAUGGCAGGAUCAACAGUUACUGCUCUUUCAACCGGCGGUGAUUGUAAAAUCCCAAUGAACGUCAAUGACUCAGACUUGCACAUCGACGGUAAAGAGUUUCCCACACCACACUCUGGGCCGACCGAGAUGUUAUUCUCUCUGACAAGAGUUGAGCUCGCCAUGGCUGUUUCAAGCGACAGUAACCGCGACAGUUACAAGAUGAACAAUCCAGACAAGAGUCCUGGCGGGACUCCUGCUUCAAGAAAUCAAGCUACAAUCCGUCUUGCUGGCCAGGAUAGCCCUAUCUACACCUUGGAGGGCUACUGUGCGCACAUGGAGGGCACAUAUCUCAGCCAAUGCGACCCCAAGAUCCCCCUGCACUUUUUUACUCUCACAAUGACUCGACAAGCCAUGUGCAAGAUGCGCAUCAUCAGUUUUCUUGUUCGCAUGCAUAGCAACGACGACAAUCUUCCGCUCAAGGAUGUUGAAAAGGAUAGCCUUUUCCUACAAGCCACUCAAAUGAUCGAGUACGACAAUAUUGUCCAGUCCUCUGAGUCCCUACGUCCCUUCAAAUGGUAUUCCAUGCAUCACUUCCCUUUUCCCGCCUACAUGUUUCUUGUCCAGGAGCUACGCCACCGUGUCGCUGGUCCAAUGGUGGAGCGGGCAUGGGACGCUAUAGAGCGGAACCACGACCUACGUGGUCUUCUCAACAACUACCACAACCCUAUGCACGUCGCAUUUGGCGGCCACUUCAUCAAAGCUUGGGAUGCUCACGAAGCUGCCAUGAUUGCUGCUGGCAGGCAAGUCCGCAGACCGGCGUUUCUGGAACCAUUGCGUGAGCGUGUAGCCGCUCGUCGCCGAGCAAAGCGUGAGAACCGUCCCGAUCCCAACCUUUCCCGACCUCAAAUUGGCGUCCCGCGGUCUCAGGUCACAACGCCCUCCUCCACAGGGUUUGCCCCUUCUGUUGGCCACACAACCCCCGGGACUGUGCAUCACGGGCAGCGUGCAAACUCAGGCUCCGUUGCCUCUUCAAGUGACGAGCCUGGCGAGAUGGACUGGACCUUCAUGAUGUCCGGUUACAACGACACCGCCAGCUUUACCCCAAUGGGAGGUUUCGGAAGCUUCAGUGGCGGCUUUGGGGGAGGCAUGCCCGGUAUGCCACCUGGGAUGGGAGGUACCGGGCGUGGGCCUCCGGGGGUGCCCCCAGGAGGUCCUAUGUUCGGUGGAAACUAG